GCUACUAAUUAAGGUGCAUCCGUCGCCGAGUGGUUAAGGUCGUUGACUUCAAACCACUGAACCGUUCCGCGACGGAUAUUUUUAACCAAUGAAAGUGAUCCGUUAUCAGUGCGGUGUUGCUUGUUGCUACCCGCCAUCUUGUGCUCACAAGCUUUCACUUGGCAACUGCUACAUCAAAAGUAAAUACCGCGGUUUUAUUCAAAAUGGUGCGUAGAUGUGCUUGGGGAACAUGCAAUGCAGAUUGCAGGUAUCCUGAUAAGAUGAUUUGGGUCAGAUUCAUAACAUUUCCUAACCCUAAAACUCAAUUUGAGAAGUGUUUGCGUUGGAUAAAGGCAUGCGCUCGACCGCAUGAACAGUUAAAUGUCAACAGGAUUAACAAAAAUAAAGUCGUGUGUUCAACGCACUUCAUGGGAGAAAAUGGGCCAACUGACAAAUAUCCAGAUCCCCUGCCAGCUGAUGGAUCAUUGGCAUCUCCUACCAGACCACCACCCAAGCGCAGGCGGCUGGACUUGGAAGCACCUAUAUCAUUUGACAUUUUGGUUGAACAAGAAAAAAACAAAGAAAAUGUACAAACAAAUCAAAAUGAUGGAAAUCAAAGAGAUUAUGAACUUAGUGGACAAUGUGAAGUUGGCUGCCAAACAGACAAAGAGAAUCAAGAUGUUCAUUUACAUGAGGAAAACCUGCAGCUAAAGAUUCAAUUAUUGGAGAAAGACAAAGAAAUUAAUAGACUGAAAUCAAAAUUACAACAUUUGGAAAGAGAUAUGAAAAAGAAACAAACAUUUUCUGCAGAAGGAAUUAGAAAUAGGGAAAAGGAUAUGAAAACUUUGUUUAAAUAUUACACUGGAAUAACUUAUGUCAACUUUUUCUUUUUGUUUUCUUUUUUGUUUCCAAAUCCACAAGAAACUGUAAAAUAUGGUAGAAAAGACACUAAGCUACUAUCAAAUGAAAAUGCACUUCUUCUUGUACUGUGCAGAUUGAGACAUGAUUUUGGACUGAAAGAUUUGGCAAUGAGAUUUAGUUUAUCUUUGCAGUCAACAGGCAUUGUAUUUAACAAACUCUUAGAUAUUUUAUAUUUUAAAUUUGGCCAGAUUUCACUGUGGCCCCCAAGGGAUGAUAUUAUAUCUAGAAUGCCAGCAGAAUUUAGAAAAGAUUGUCCUACAACCUUAAUUAUGAUAGAUGGAACAGAAUUCAAAACUCAAGUACCAAAUGCAUUAGCUCUUCAAAGUCAAAUGUACAGUGAUUACAAAUCAUCUACUACUCUUAAAGCUUUAAUUGGGUGUGACCCAAGUGGAUCUGUAAUUUUUAUUUCUGAGCUUUUUACUGGUUCAAUAUCAGAUAAAAUGAUCUGUGAAGAAAGUGGAUUUUAUGCCAUAUUGAAAGAUUUGUUAAACCAUGGUUACAUUAAUCCAGUUGAUGGUAUAAUGGCUGAUAAGGGGUUUACAAUACAAAAGGAACUUAAUAAACUUGGCCUUGUGUUAAACAUUCCCCCAUUUUCUUCUUGUUCAUCACAGAUGUCUUCAUUUGAUACUUAUUUAACUCAAAAAAAUUGCCAAACACCGAGUUCAUGUUGAAAGAGUAAUAGCUAAAGUGAAGACAUAUAAAUUGUUGUCUCAUAAAAUUCCUACAUCAUUAUUUAAACAAGCUAAUAAGAUCUGGUCUGUUUGUGCAAUACUUACAUUACAUCAGAGAAUAUUUGUAAAAGACAAAUGACUGAAUUGCAAUAACAUUUGUUUAACAAAUGUACUAACAUACUACUGCAAAAUUAGUAGUUGUGUUAUUACUUGAUUGAUUUUGGAUGAAUUUGUAUUAAAGAUAUACUAUGCUCAAAUUUGAUAUUAGAAAAUAUUGAUAAUUAGUUCAUAGUAAAUAUAAAAUAAACAUGUAUUGACUUCACACAAAGUAGAUAUGUUAUGUUUAAAAUUCUACAUACUAUAGGUGGUCACAAUAUGAAUAUACAUGUAUAGUGUCAUUACAAAACCUGGCAUUUUUUUUAAGAAAAGAACAACUUUACUUGACCUGUUUAAAGGAUACGCAGCUUCCUAUACAUAGUUUAUUCAAUCUUUUAUCCAAAUUCUACAUAUUCAGUAAGAAUAUCAUAGAUUUCAAUGAAUUUCUGUGAUUAAAACAUUUUACCUAAGAAUGAGCAAUUCAAUAAACCUUGUGUAUAUUACACAGAUGUUAAAAUAUUGUAUCUACAAAUAUUAUUACCUGAUAUGACAGAAAUGAACCAAGCUGAACUUGACCAAGAUCUGUUGUAACUAAUGGCCUCUUUGAUGAGAGAAGGUAUUCAAGAGGUGUGCCUUUUGGCCCCUUUUAACUGCUCUAUAUCAUUGCUGGUAACCUUUGGAAGCCUGUAAUUUAUGUGAAAGAUUUCAUAAAUUAAAACAUUUUAACAAAUUUUAUACAUGUAAAAUGUACAAGUAUCUGACAUUAUUGUUAAAAUUUAUAUAAGUAAAACGCCUAAAUGGUUGGUUUCUGUUAUAGUUAUGUAAGAUAAAUAAAGAAGGAAAUUUUAAAAACAUAUUUGUAGUUACUUUUUACUUU